GGUGGUUUAGGAGGAGCUGAGAAUCCACAUAUGUUGGAGUAAACAAACCCUUUUUUGACAUACCGGAACUGUCCUGCGUUUCCCAAGGACAAACAGAGCUAUAUUUAAAUGAUUUUCAACUUUUAAGCGAAAUGGGUGGCUAAACUUUUCAAAAAUAGGUAUGUAAAAUAGAGUUGUUUGUCACUAUCGCUGUUCCGUUUCCUGAUUGAUCUUUUCAGCGCGAACUCGUACAUUGACCUACCGCUUCUUUAGCUGACUUUCAUUUUGUUGGUGUUGAACUCUGCCCUUCAUUAUGAACCACAUUUCAUUAUAGGUGCAUUUGUGACCAUGUUGUUCCACCUGUUCAUACUCCUUCAACUCCUGUCAUGUGGAGAUCUGGCCUGUAUGAGAAGGAUACUGUCGAACAAUGAAGACCAGGAAGUGUUUGUAGAUGAAGGAAACGCAAAUUCGUUUUUGGGUCGCCAUCUGCUGUUCAACCGGUUUGACUUUGAGAUUUUUGUUCCUGGAAAUCUGGAAAGAGAGUGUUAUGAAGAAGAGUGCAAUUAUGAAGAAGCAAGGGAGGUCUUCGAAAACAUCCCAGAUACAGAGGCUUUUUGGAAGAAAUACAAUGAAGAUAAGAACAAGCAACCUUCACGGGUGGAUAUGACAUCUCUUUUGAUCGGACUGAUUGCUGGUGGAGUGGCUCUGGUUAUCAUUUGCCUCCUGGUCUGGUAUUUCUGUCAUGGCAAAUGCAAGAACAAUUUCAGCCGUGCAAACUCGAUUCGGGUGCGACCCAGGAGGAGUAAUGCUUCUCUAAUAAUGCGACGACUUGAGGAGGUUUCUUUGCAACCAGUCCACCCAAAUAUACCCCCACCCUCUAUGGAUGAAAUGGAUCCCCCGGGGUUGCCUUCCUAUGAGCAGGCAAUUGCAAAAACUGGACCACAUGACGCCCCACCUCCUCCAUAUCCCGGCUCACGACCUGGAAGUAUUCGGCGGUAGUAUCUUCAGCACAACAACUCCUGAAUGUCUAUUAACAUUAAACACACAUUUUACAAAUAAUAAUAAUAAUAAUAAUAAUACAUUUACACAGUGAUGCUCUGUUUGGCAGUGUAUAACAUAUUUUUUUUAUCAUAAACAUAUUUAAAACAGCUCCUAUUUAUUCCUCUGAUUGUCUUUUGAUAUUCAUAGAUUUCUAAUCUUUCUGGUUUGUUGGUUUUGUCAUCUCUCAUCAGUUUAAUCCCCCUUACUUAACAUCUGUGUGCCAAAGCGUAGUUUUUAGGUAGCCUCUACGAAAAUAUUUUCCCAAGUCUGAUUAUAGUUUGUUAUAUAACCCCACACGAUUUUUCCAGUUUUUUCAUUUAAAUGUAAAUGAAGAAUCAAUAAUGUAUUAGACAAGAGAUAUUUAAGUUGCUGGAGUAUUAAGGCCAUUAAGGAGCAGUUAGUGUAGACACAGCAUGCACAGAAGAGCAGGAUUACAAGAUAAGUAUUAAUUGCAGUUAAAGAGAGACGGACUGAUUUGUUUAAUCAUUGAACUUGUCUCCAUCAGAAGGAAAAACAAUAAUUACAGUAAAACUGAUUUCAAUGGCACAAUGGUAUAACAUAUUAUACUGCAAUAAAGAAAAAUCUUUUUAAAAGAUAUUAUGUGUUUUUAAUUUACUGAUACUUCAUUUGUUAAAAUUCAAUUUGUACUUUCAAUUGUAAAUCAUCAUCUUUUAUAUUUUUUUUAUUUUGGAUGUGCAGAUUUUCUUGUUGGUUUAUACGUUUUUAUUGUGUCAGGAAUUUCAGUAUUUGUCAUCAAUUAAUGAGAAUGUUCUUCUUAUAUGUGAAGUAAUGUUUAAUUUUAAUAUAGCUACUGUAUAUACAUUGUGGUUGAUUAUAACAUGUACAAUUAAUAUGUGGGAAGGAUUUUUUUCAAUACUUAAGAUUUACACAUUAUACAAUUCUGCAAUAAAAUAAUAGCUUUUAUUAUAUGACAUCUAAAGCAUGUGUCAACAUUAGUGAUGUAGCCCAACGGUUUGUCCUACACCUCACUUCACUGAUAUUUGAAGGAGAAAUUGACAUGCCUGCUGGAUGCUGCUGCUUAUUUCUCAUCAGAUGAUGCAGAAAAAGAAAGUUUAUGAAGGUAUAAUGUUACUGUUAAUUAUCAAAGUUUAAUCAUGACCUUGUGAGAAUUAUUGAGGAGUAACUUUGUCAAAGCUUCUUUUAUAAAUAAAAAUAAUAUUUUAAUUA